AUGGCGAGUGAUCCAGAUACCAUAUGCCUUGAAGAGUGCUACGAAUUACGCAUCGGAGGCCAGGACUGCAUUCGAUUCCGCUAUAUUCCUGGGUUUGUCGAGCUAUGGGACGCUAAAAACCGAUGUUGGGUUCCAGGUCUCCCUACUAUUGACUUUGAAAGACUUGGAGAGUCCAUAAAUAGACCUAAGUAUGAUGAAAUCGAGUUCAACAUGCUUCUCGGCAUCCUCUACCGACUCUUGAACUCACUGGAUGCAAGAAAGAACACCAAGCUUAAGAAAUUGAAGAAUACUAUACAUAAACAGUGGAAAUGGGUGUAUCAAUUCAUGUUCGAAUGA